AUGGUAGUCACUCGGAUUCCUAAGGCCAACCAGGAACAGCUGCUGUACGAUCGGUCGGCCACAAGCCGACUUGAGGCCAAACUUGUAGAAAUGACAGGGAACGAAGAAAGCAAGGACAAAUGGCUGGUGCUUGCAAUGUCCUGUUUGAAUUUCCUGGUGAAUGGAGCUAUAUGUUACCAUGUGGGGGUUUUGAACGUGGCUGUUCAGAGCACUUACGGAAGUGACGUCAUCUGGACGUCAUGGCUCAUGGCUGUGUACUCUUCGAUGUUCGCGCUGGCAGGCCCAGUGGCAAGCGUGGUCAUCAAUGUGUCCAGCUGCCGCGUGUGUGUAUUCCUGUCCGGUCUUCUGGCCAUGGCGGGCUGGUCACUCAGUAGUCUGGUGGUGGACGUUCGCUGGCUCUUCCUCACCCUCACCAUGGCAGGCGUUGGCCAGAGUCUCUCAAUCACCGGCGGUACUGUCGUUCUCCCCUCCUUCUUCCCUCAACAGACUGCCCUGGCCAACGGAAUCUUCCUGGGCUGUGGAGGACUCGCUAUCUUCAUCCACCCACCUCUGGCUCAAGCUCUCAUAGAUGCGUACGGCCUGAGAGGCGCUUUCCUUAUUCUCGGCGGUCUGGCCUCCCACUCUUGUCUGGCCGCUCUGUUCCUCCGACCCUCACAAGACGAGCAGGAGAGACAGAAGAAAGAACAAUUGUCUUCCUAUGCCUAUUGCUCAAAUGAUACGCUUCGAAGCUCAAGGAAAAAUAAAGUGUUGUCUUUUAUGACGAGUAUACACAGAAAAACCUCCGCUCAGAUCGCCGUGUUGAGAGAAGCUGACUUCACUGCCUUUCUCCUGGCUUACAUUGCCUUCUCUAUUGCCUACUGCGGGCCCAUCGUCUACCUCCCGGAUUUCCUCAUUCAGUUCACAGGUAUGAACAGCCUGGCGUCCAUGUUCUGUUUCUUUGGUCUGGUGCUGUUCCAGUUUCACGCCGGAGCCUACAUCUUUGCCGUGGGGUUUGGUAUCUACGCGGGCGCGAUGUAUUUGCUGACAUCAGCAUUAUCUGCGUUCACACCGUGUUUCGGCAAAAGUAUAUCUGACGUCCCCAUCACCGACCACACCGUGAUCGUUGCAGAAGCCUCCAAACCUCUGCAUGACGUGCUGGACUUUGGUGGUUGUGAGUGUGACCCAGACGGCGCUCCGGAUGAAAAAUGUCUGAAAUAGAGUUUCAUUGACAAGGAGGGAAAGUGCACACUGCCAGAUUUUCCUUCAUGGAUAGGGCAAAAACUAUCAUUAAUGGCACAAUUCGACUGAAUUCGGCGACUAAAUUCGACCGUUACCUUCAAAAUCAGACACGUUUGCUUAAUCAAUGAAUUUGAUUGGCAGUAUGCACAUCUUGAGGAUUUUGAAGAAGUCAUUAUUCUCGUUAUCAUCAUCACAAUGUGCCAUAUCUGAAGCCGUCUUCGACAUUCAUGGCACGACGCUCAUUUUUCUGCUUGGAUACCACCCCCCCCCC